GACCCCCCGCCCCGGGGCCGCAGGAGCAGCCGCCGCCGGAGCCCAGGAACCGCAAAGAUCAGCUUCAAGAAGAACAGAACUCGAGCCAUUAGCAAGCUCAUCCAAAAGUAAUCAUCCGUCAGAGCCCAAGGGUGUGUUUGCCCAGCAAUGGGUGAAGCUGGCAGUGAUUCCACCAGCCCAAGUACAUGGACAGCGUCAAGGCGGCAGUCCAUGGGAGAUCAUCCUCUCCACAACUGGUGCUAAAGCAGAUCGGUCUACUUGGUAAUAUGGAAUACCUCUCACAUUGUCUUUGAGGGGAAGAGCUGAUGAUGGACGGUUCACACAACAGCAACACCAUUUUGGAUUGGGUGUUUUUGUAACAAGAGCAACAGGUAGUGCCAGUGUGACACAAGAGGACGAGAAGUAAAGCCUCUAGCUGCUUCUCCACUGCUCAUCACCUUCUGCAGACUUCAUCUCAAUGAGACAGCCUGGAGGUUCAUGGCUGUGUUUGAAUGGGACAAAGCGUGGUGGGAAAAAGGCAAUUCCAUUCACCUCAUUCAAGUCUGGGAUACAGUCCAGAAUGAAUUCUUCCUGGUAACACCUACUGGAUGUCUCUUCUACCAAGACCUAUGGGAAGAACUAGAACCACAGGAUUUUCUGCCCUUCUAUGGUGUAGAAACCAGUGAUAAAUUAUUUUGAUUACAAGGCCUAAUACAUUAAUAGAACAUAUAAAACUGCCUUUUGUGUUUCAUUGUAUACAGUUUGCUGCAGCAACCUGCAGCCAUCCAAGGUACUUCAGCUUCACUUUCACAACUUGUGGGUCACUGAGAGAUGCUUCCCAAGCUGAGAAGUCCCCGUGUUACCAGCACCUUGGUACCAACAGAGUGGUGCGAUGCCUUCAGAGCAUUCCGCAACUCCUUCAGCAUAUAUUGAGCAUCUGAAGCCACGGUGGGAAGAGGCAGGAGGUACCCCUGAGGCUGACUGUCCCCACAAAGAGCAAGUGACCACCUUUGGGGCAAGAACUUGGGGAGUGGUUGGGCUGCACAGCAGGAAAAUGAUGAGCAAGAGGAAACAUGGAAGCUUUCUGCUGCGCUGUUGAAUAUCGGAAUAUAAAAACUUUUUUUACCUGAAGUAUCUCUGUCUCUCUUCCAAAUGGACAACUUCUGAAGUUGGAAGUACCUGCUACCCAAAGCAGCUACUUCUUCUUUCACUGGAGUCUGAAUGAGGAGCUACGAGAUAUGGUUUAGUGGCUUGUGGUAGCAAGGGUAAUGGGAGGACGGCUGGACUAGAUGAUCUUGUAGGUCCAUUCCAACCUUGUGAUUCUAUGAUUCUAUGUGCAUCCUGGAGGGGAAAAUGAAUUUCACAAAUUGUACCACUGAAGCCAGUGCGGCUGCAAAGCCAAAAACUGUAACUGAGAAGAUGCUUGUUACACUGACCUUGGCCACAAUCACAACCCUGACUAUGCUGCUGAAUUCUGCUGUCAUUGCAGCAAUCUCCACAACCAAGAAGCUUCACCAGCCUGCAAAUUAUUUAAUAUGCUCGCUAGCUGUGACAGACCUCCUUGUUGCUGUCCUCGUCAUGCCCUUGAGUAUCACUUACAUAAUGAUAGAUAAGUGGACUUUGGGAUACUUCAUCUGUGAGAUCUGGUUGAGCGUCGACAUGACUUGUUGCACGUGUUCAAUUCUUCACCUAUGUGUUAUUGCUCUGGACAGGUACUGGGCAAUCACUGAUGCCAUCGAAUACGCCAGGAAAAGAACAGCAAAAAGGGCUGGGUUGAUGAUAGUCACCGUGUGGACUAUCUCCAUUUUCAUAUCAAUGCCCCCUUUGUUUUGGAGAAACCACCACAGCGUCAGUAUUCCCAGUGAGUGCCGCAUUCAGCACGACCAUGUCAUCUACACUAUUUAUUCCACAUUUGGGGCGUUUUACAUACCCUUGACUUUGAUCCUGAUCCUGUACUACAGAAUCUACCACGCUGCAAAGAGUCUCUACCAGAAGCGGGGCUCAAGCCGCCAUCUCAGCAACAGGAGCACCGACAGCCAAAACUCCUUCGCCAGCUGCAAGCUCACGCAGACGUUCUGCGUCUCGGACUUCUCCACCUCUGACCCCACCACAGAGUUUGAUAAAAUUAAUGCAUCUGUGAGGAUCCCUCCUUUUGAGAAUGACUUGGACCUGGCUGGUGACCGGCAGCAGAUUUCCACCACGCGGGAGCGAAAGGCUGCUCGCAUCUUGGGACUGAUUUUAGGGGCUUUCAUUUUGUCCUGGUUACCCUUUUUCAUCAAGGAGCUGCUCGUGGGCCUCCAUCUUUGCAUCGUCUCACCAGAAGUAGCAGACUUCUUGACCUGGCUGGGAUAUGUCAACUCCCUCAUCAACCCUUUGUUGUACACGAGCUUUAAUGAAGAUUUCAAGCUGGCCUUCAGAAAGCUCAUCAGGUGUAGAGAACAUACUUAAAAGUACGGGGAGAUGAUGAUGAUGACGUGACUCCUGGCCUUAAGAACGAGCAAAAUAAUUUGACUGUUGUCAUUUCCCUUGACAAAGGGGAUUUUGAUGUUUGCCUCUUUGCUUAACUCUCUUCAGCCAGUAAUUUGUUCUGCUGUUUUUUUACCUCUGGUGUUAUUCACGGUAAAAAUUUGAAAUAAAUUUAUUCUACAAAGGAACAGAUUUUUUUUAGCAAUGAAACAAACAACCAAACAAAUAACAACAAGAAAAUAUUAGAUGUUCACAUUUAAGGCAUUUUGUGUAAUUCAAGAAGGAAACAACAAUAUUCACAUUUCUUUUAUACUUUUUCCAUUUAAGAAUCAAAUGUCUAACUUAACAUGCACUGUAGUAAUAUGAAGGCUUGUAAGCUGAAUCCCAGAAAUUCAUGUUCAAAAAUCAAUAAACUUCAUGGUCAUGACAACUAAACAGAAAUUCUUUGCUGUGGCAUUUUGAGAAAACUGGAACCGUUUUUUAGAAGGAAAAUAGCCACUACUACAGCAGAAUAAAGCAUUCUAUUCUUAUCCCUGCAGAAAUACACUAUCGAAACAGAGAGCAGUUCAUUUCAUUCCUUCUAAAAACAGAUCUCAUUUUGUACUCCAAAGUAAUUAUUCAAGUGACCUUUUUUUCUUUUUUUUUUUUGUUCAGUUUCCUGAUUUAUAUUAGAAGUAUUGGACAGAAACUGCAGUUUGUUUGGCGACUGAAAGAACACAGCUAGUAAGUGUCACACUUAUAAGAUCAACUGCACCUUAAUGGUCACCUUUUUAGUACCACUGUUUAAUACCGUAUUCCUUCAGGGCUCAGGCCAUGUGCCUCGGUCAGUUGUGAGGUGGCAUUAUCUAUUUUUUUCCCACUUCCCCUGGACCUUGCAAUGCACAACCCCACGGAUCAUCAACCUUACCCCACAGACUCAGGCAGCUGCAUGUUUUCUCAGCAGGUCAGUAAUGUACGGUGUUCAGAAAUAUCAUCUGAAAAAAAAAGACAAAUUACUCUGUUUGAACAGCAGCAGCAGAAAAGAAAUGAGGAAAAGAACUUUUUUAAAAUAGCACUCUUCAUCUUCCAAUUUGUAAUGGCAUUCUUGUCACUUAACCUAUGAUCAAACCCUCUAGCAGGAUUUCUUGCUCUGGCUGUUCUCCAAGGAGUUACUUCUCUCAUCCAGAUAGAGUCCUUCACACCCUUUCUUCUGUGUUUAGGGAAGCUAAAAUGCCUUGGCUCAAACAGUUUGGAAAUCAGGCUGGGAAGAAGCAAAAUCAAAGCUAAUAAUCUGGCACUGCCCAUUACUAACUCCUAAAUACUGCUUGAAUACUGAUUACUUGUCUUGCAACACAUUUUUCUUUCCUGUCCAUUAUUUUUCUGGACAAAUUCUUUUUGAAUUAAACCAGUAUACUAUAUAGAAAAUAAUAUCACAUAUAUCACCCUGACAUGCAGUAACUGAACUACAGCAUGGCAGCUCUAAAUCCAUCAAAACAGAUAUUAGAGGUAGCAAAAGUGUUGUAACAGCACCGGAAGCCAGCUCUGGAAAAUGUUUUGAAAAUUUACAACACAGCAAUCAUUUUUCCUAUCAAGAGCCCAGGAAUUUUAAGUAACGUGAGUAAUAAACUCUGGAUGGAGCUGAGAAAUGACAACCUUGUUUCUGAGGGAAAGUGUUUGGUUGGAAAGAUGCAGUUCUGCAAGCUGGGUGUAAAUCAAAUCGGAGGGUGACAAAAGUGUGACCUACUGCUUACCCACAUUCAGCAGGACUCGGCUUCAAGGACUACAAGUUUUCCAUACCUGGAUUUAGGAGGCUUAUCUCCAGCUGCCCUUCUGUGGCUAUUGUCACUGCUGCCACCUCCAUCUGCCUUUGGUUCCCUGUUAGUUAGCGUUAAUAUCUAAAAAGGGGGAAAAACAGUCAUCUCAACCACUGAGGAUGUCUUCCAGUGGGGAAGCCCAGAGAUCCACAAUGGUUUUUCAUUUUCACAGUGUGAUGGAGAUGGAAACCGUCCACUGAAGGUAAGGAGCCUGCCUGUCUGUAAAACUCCCAAAGCAGCCUCAUGGACUACACGGGAAAAAAUAACCAGAGGUCCAAAAUGAUGACCAUGAUCUCCAAAACAGCUGCUGCUGGUAGGGAGAAAUGCUUCUGAGAGAGGCAUGAGAACUGUAAAACAGAGGAGCUGCUUCAUCUUCAUUUCUACUUAAGUCCUUCUGGUAUCUGAUCUCCACUAUUAUCACUCAGGCUACCAAUCGGUGUCAGGUUGAAGACUGUAUAAUUUUAAUAUCUAGAGUUAAUGAACGGGGGAAAAAAAAACAGAUGGAUGGCUAAUUUUUGUGCUUCCUUCUUAAAAAAAGACUCAGCAUUCUGCCAGCUGACUACUGCUUUUGUAAUUAAAUCAUUAGUUAAACACUGAGCUAUGUUUUCUAACAAAUGUCACUAGACUGAUAAAGAUGUCUUUUAUGUUUUCUCCACACACAAAGCCAGGAACAGCUUAAAGGACUGUUGACUUACAACAAUUUAACUUGAUCAGAAAUUACCUGUCAUCUGAUGGAAAUAAAAACCUUUGCUAGUCUGGCACCAUUAUUUGACAAUCUCAUUUUUUUUCCAUGUUAAGAAUUUGUGGAUUUUAUGAAAGGUUUGGACAUUUUCCAAGCUUAGACUUCUUUUCCAUGGAAACUCCCCAUCUAUCCCUAUCCUGGGUUAAGCCACACCAUGGCCUUCAAUGCAAGCUCUCCCCAGCAAGUUCCUAAUAAAAUAUCCAAGACCUUCACCUGACAUCCACUUUCCUUAGACACUCUGAAAUAUCUUUUCUCCCCAAAGUCUUAUUUUCCCUAAAGACCCCCUUGCUCCUUUUCUAGCUUUCUUCCCAUCAUCUCCCUCUAAAGGUCUUUUCCCAGGCCCAUCCCCAUUCUCAACACAGGCUACAUAUACCUGCCUGUAUAACCCCCCUUCUCUUCAUUCCUAUAUACUUAUUCCCUCUUAUUUUACACCGCCAAUUCCCCAUCCCUCCAUUAAGUUUCUGACUCUCUUUAAUCCCUAAAUUUAUUUUUUUCCUGCUGGAGCAAGGCCCUACACUCUGCUUCCAUCUUAUCUCUAUCUCAGUGCUGCUAUCAGGAUUCUCACGAGCUUGGAUAUUCAAAUCUGCUGCUUUUUACUGUCUCCUACAUGUGCUCCACAUUUCCAGGGCAUAUUCUCUCUGUGUAAGCAACCAGUUCUUUGGAGCAAGUUCAUAUAUUCCCUAGUUCCAUUGGGCCCCUUUGAAGAUGGGGGUUCUCAACCACAAUGAUGCACUGAGCUGUUCGAAGCACGCGAGAUUUGUGUUGUUGAUCUUCCUAUACGCAGACGAAUGAUGGAAUUGAACUCUCCAAAAUAAUUUAAAACAAAGUCCCUGUUUCACCAGGUGUAUACUGUAAGGGCUGCCACUUUUUGCAUUUUACUGACACGUGUAUGAACUGUGCAGUUUUUCAUAGUUGCCACUUCUUUUUUGGUACCGUCAGCACACUCUGUCCUUCAUGUGUACCAGAAGGAAACAAAAAAACCACAGCUUUAUUUGUCAUGAGAUGCUAAGAGAACAAAGGAAUCUUUUCUAAUGACUCUUCAUGCCUCUCCAUUUUCAACUCCGGUCAUCAAAAGGUAAACAGGAUUGCAGUGUUGGGAGGAAAAACAGGCUUCCAGCACAAGUGGAGAGAUUGUUCUUGUGCCUUGUGUCCUCUCAUUAACCACUGCAAAUAUCAGUGAUGGGUAUAUAAACAUGACUGUUUGAUGUUCAUCUUUUACACACCCAAAUGAUUUGCAUGAGGAAUUAUCUUAAAUUGCUUCGUUGUUUAAGUGGACAUAGAUAUUGUGAUAUCUUUUAUUGCUGUAGCCAAUAUAUUACAAGUUGUAUUUCAUAAGAGUCCCAUGCAACACACAUAUUACCUUUGUAAUUGCUAUCUGUUUACUCUUCAGGCCAAAAAGAAUAAAAUUUUAUAAAAUGA